UAGGUUCUAGUCUACGUCAAAUCUGCGGCUGCAUUUCCUAACCUCAUCUAACCUCUCGGAGCAGGUGAUUACAUUUGAACGUGUUCUGGCGUUUGACAUAUGCUACCAUCGUCAGAAUGGUCCUGUUGGAGAAUGACGCGUUCUUAGCGGAGUUAACCAAACUCUUUGACAAGUCGCGUCUUUCGGGCGCGGUGUCGCUUACCAUUAAAAGAUUUAAUGGACACAACAAACCGGUGCCUAGGAAAGGCAGACCUCCCCUACCGACUCCUACAGAGUAUCUUUGCCUAGUUCGAGCAUCGCUUCGCAAUAAGAAGAUUUCCACUGUUAUCCAUUCCAGGGAUGUAAACAAAUUCCAGCAGGCGUAUUGGAAUCUCCUGAAGACGAACAUAACCGGACUGAAGAAGCUGAAGAAGACGAAGUCGGCGAAGCCAAAGGUUCACUGACCCAGCGAGGAGGGCUAACCGCGUGCCAGUUGUUUAUUUUUUUGUUAUUAAAACUUUCGUACCGUGUUCGUCACAUAUUUACCGACGCCUGUCUACUGUAUAAGCCGUCGAGAGAAGGCGCGUUGUAUGCAACAUUUUGUAUAGACUGAUGUACAAAAGGUUAAUAAUACUGUUAUGAAAGCAUAUACACAAGUAUAUAUGUAGCCGCUAAUAUAUGAUCGCACACUUUCGCAAAUUUGAUGCAAUGAUGACAAAAAACACGAUAAGGGAUAGUUAUUAUUAUUAUUAAGAGUCCAAGACAGAGAUAAUUGGGAUAAACUGUUUAACGAUCAGUAGGAUAAAAUUUUUUAAAACAGAGUUUACAUUGAUUUGUACUAUUCCGUUACUCAGAUACGUAAAUCUGUAAUAUAUAGCAUUUUUUAUA